CCACGGUGUGUCAAACGUGACAUCGAACAGGAAACGGUGAAACCUGUGAGCUGCUACACAGGGAAACAUGGCAGACGCAAGCCUGGGUGUUUUUGGUGUGGUGUCAGCCCUCGUUGGAAGUGGAGCAGCAGGUUUUGUGUUCGGAGAAGCUGCAUUAUUUGCAGUUGAACCCACUCUGACUGAAGAUGGCCUCCUGCUUAACGUUGCAACUCUGGCUGCUGGACGGGCCGGUUCCACUGGUGUUGCAGUAGUGAUGGCAUGCCUCGUGUUCACCUCGGUACUCUUAUGUCUUGGAAGUGGUUUCCUCCUCGCUGCCAUGGUGAUGACACUGUUGAGUAAAGUUGGAGUGAGACUGCCCUGGUUAGCAGAGGCCACAACAGGAGCCUCUGUUGUGGUAGGUGCUGUCACUACUGGAUUGUUAGUGGGCGUCCUUCCACCGUGGAUCUACAUUGUGGUGCAAGGUGCUCUGGUCCUUUUCGUCUACUCGUAUUCCAACAUUAACGACAUGACCACAGCUCUGUUGAUCAUCUUCACCACUCUAUACCUCAGUGUAGUGUAUGGACAGUUGGGAGCCUUUUUUGGACUCAUUAGCAUGAUUCUGACUAUCGUUGUCCUCUUUGUCCUUCGAAGGCUACUAACAGUCCCUCGAAGACCCAAAUCUAAAACUGGGUGCAAACUGCUGGAGAGAAUAUUCUUCUACUCUGUUUUUGUGGGGAUUCUGGGAUUUUUUGUGGGUUUAGGGGCAGGUGAAGCAGUAGACGGGUCAAAAGAAGAGGUUGUUGUGAUGCUGCAGUCAGUCCUCUGGGUGGCCUAUCUGUCUGCGGCGCUGCUUGGAGCUGGCCUGGGAACUGUGGCCAUGGUCGGACUGGGUCCAGAGGUGGCUGGAAAGGUCGCUUUGGGAGUUGCUAUAAUGACAUCAGUGGCUUUGAGAGCCAUUCUGCAGUGGAGCUCCUCUCUAGGGGCCAGAGGCAGCACAGCAGGGACGCUAGGGGCGGCCACAGCUGCAGGGGUCUCACUUGGAGCCGCAAGUGUUGCAGCAAGAUGGGCAUUUCAGUCAAGGAAUUCAACUUUAGCAGUUUUAGGUUCUGUCAUCAUCGGUGCAGUUGUGGCAGCAGAAUGCCAGUUACUUAAAGCAAGUCCGUUCACCGCAUCAGAACUUGUAACAAUCACCCUUGUUGCGGUAGGGGCAUUUGUUCUGGGUGCACCAAAGAGCCCGUUCCACACUGAGGUGAAUCUGCAAAGGGGCCUCCUCACGGGGCCUGUGCUAAUAAAAGAAAUCGGCAUGGAAACUGUCACCGCAGCAGCAGCACCUAUUGGAGCCGGGGCACUUGGGGCUGCAGCGCUGGGCACUGCAGCUCUGGGGAAACUGGGGACUGUGGGAGUCCUAACGGCCAUAGUGCUGGCUUUGGGGAGCGCUCUAAGCGGCAUGAUAGGAAAAUCACCACCAACCACAAAUGCUCACAGAGACUGAUUGACGCCUAAGUUUACAUCUGUCUGUAAAUGUUCUUGUGUUGCAUUUUUGCAAGUAAAAAACUUGAGGCAAAAACAUUAAAUCCAGUGUCAUAAGGCAUGGUAUCUGUUGUGGAUACCAGUGUUAAAUAAAAACAUUAGAAAGCUUUCCUUUUUUUUUUAUUUCAGUGACCUUAAUCGUCCUCUUUCUUCUUCUUUUUUUCUAAGCUCUUCACAGCAUCGCUGCCACAUUUCCCAAGACAUGACUGCACGCUGGCAGUUUCUUUGGUUUCGUCUUAGCAACAGUAACAGAAGCACUCAGAGAAGGGGGGAGGCAGGAGAGAGACAGAAAAUGAUCAGAAGACGGAAGAGCAUCUUAGAACUGAUGUGUUUAGGCAGAUAAAAGUAACCAGAGUAAAGCUUACAGAAGUCUCUCUGAAAAUAUUAUAUUUUGCAUUGAUAUUGAUUUAGUAGAUCUACAACAAUGACAAACGAGACUUCACCUGCUUGGGAACUAGAGGCUCUGAGAAUCUCCUCUAUCUUAAAUGUGUUUUUGUAUUUGAAGGCACUAACUCUAAAUUAAAAGGUAAGCCACUUUUCAUGGUGGGACUGAACUGAAGAAUGGAAUGGAGUUAUUUUCUGAUUUAAAUGUUUUUGUCUCGUUUGGAAGAGCCUUUAAAAAUCAUGAAAACUUUGAUCAUGCGGUCAGCUGCAAAAAAAAUCAAAAAGUAAUGGGGCACGUCACAACUUUUCCGUGGAUUUUCACAUUAGUGUUGUAACAGUAUUCCACUAACCAAGAGGAUUAACCUUUAACAAAGAAGCAUGUCUCUGAACCGGGUCCGCACAAUGGACACGGAGCAGUCUGCAGAGUACUCGGUGGAGUACUCGGCCCAGGUUUCCAGUGAUCCGGGCCGUGACGUGGGUCGGAGGCGUGAAGUGACCGUAGUGCAGUCCAGCUGCUGCCGCUGCCUGCCCCGCGCAGUGCGCCUCACCUUUACCCCCGAGUCGCUGGAAAGGCUCUAUCAGAACUACUUCCGUCGGCAGAGACAGGAGAACCUGCUAGUGCUGGUGAUGUUCGCCGCUCUCUUCAACAGCUUCGUCAUCAUCAUGUGUGCGGUUGUGUACACUGAGGACAAACUGGCGAUGGUGGUGGUGGCAGCUGUGGGGCUGACUGCGGACGUUGCGCUCUACGUGUUGUGCUGGUUGCAGAAACUCCCCGCAUCACCUGUGUGGCGCGGAGCAGUGGCCUACAUACUGUGGCUGAUGGUCACCGUGCAUGUUUUGUGUUACAUGGGACUAAACUACGAGCGCUUCCCACAUGCUAGUGACUCGGUGGGCUGGCAGACUUUCUUCAUUUUCUCCUGCUUUCUAACUUUGCCACUGAACCUGGUGGCCCUGCUUCUCCUCGCUGUCCUCUCGUGCGGGAUUCACACUCUGGUUUUGGGGAUCACGGUGGCUCAGAAGUUUAAGGAUGGCGCGCAGGGGGCGAUGCUGGUCAGACAGUUGCUAGCCAACGUGGUGCUGUACCUGUGUGCCAUCAUAGUGGGUGUGAUGUCGUACUACAUGGCAGACAGGAAGUACAGGACAGCAUUUUUGGAAGCUCGUCAGUCACUGGAGGUGAAACUAACACUGGAGGAGCAGAGCACUCAGCAGGAGGAACUAUUACUGUCCAUCCUGCCCAAACACAUUGCUGAUGAGAUGCUGCAGGGCAUGAAGAACCAGGCAAAUCAGAACGAAGUCCGGCAGCAGCAGCAGUUCAACACCAUGUACAUGUACCGCCAUGAAAACGUUAGCAUCCUGUUUGCAGACAUUGUGGGCUUCACCCAGUUGUCCUCAGCCUGCAGCGCCCAGGAGCUUGUAAAGUUGCUCAAUGAACUGUUUGCUCGCUUUGAUAAACUGGCAGCAGAACAUCAUCAGCUGAGGAUUAAGAUUCUUGGAGACUGUUACUAUUGCAUCUGUGGUGUUCCUGACUUCAGGGAGGACCAUGCCGUGUGUUCUAUAAAGAUGGGCCUGGCUAUGGUAAAAGCCAUCUCGUACGUUCGAGAAAAGACACAAACAGAGGUUGACAUGCGCGUGGGCGUCCACACCGGCACCGUGCUGGGAGGAGUACUCGGGCAGAAACGCUGGCAGUUUGAUGUUUGGUCCACAGAUGUCACUGUGGCCAAUAAAAUGGAAUCUGGAGGGAUUCCUGGGAGAGUGCAUAUUUCCCAGACCACAAAAGACAGUCUGCAUGGGGAAUUUGACCUGGAGCCGGGGAAUGGUGGAGAGAGGUGUGAGUACCUGCUGGAGAAAGGCAUUGACACUUACUUAGUUCUAGUUCCUAAGCAGAAAGCCAAUGGACUCAAUGGAAAUACACCUGGUACAUUGACCAAUAGAAAUUCCAAACAGUUGAUCAACACCACAGCAUCCAAUGGGAAUGCAGUCUCACAACAGUCCACACCUACUGAGUCUAAAAAGGAGAUGACUAACAGAGCCGAGGAACAAACCAUCAACAGACGACUCCAGCAGGAGCUGCUGGAGAGAGAGACUCAAAAAAUAAUGAAGGAUCAUGAGAUCAACCCCGUUUCUCUCCGUUUUGUGGAUGGAAAGUUGGAGGACCACUACUCCUCAGAGAAGGAGAGGAGGAGCGGAGCGGCCUUCUCCUGCUGCAUGAUCGUACUCCUUUUCAUCACAGCAAUGGAGGUCUUCAUAGACCCACUGUUGUUUGUGAACUAUGUGACUCUCGCAGUAGGACAGGUAUUGCUGCUAAUACUCACAGUAUGCUCCCUGGCAGCCAUCUUCCCCAGGAUGUUCUCCAAGAGGUUGGUGUCUUUCUCAAUGUGGAUUGAUCGCACACGAUGGGCGAGAAACACGUGGGCCAUGGCAAGCAUAUUUGUUCUAACCAUGGCUGUGAUCGCUGACAUGUUAAGUUGUGCACCUCCAUCCCUUCGGAUCUUCAACAGCACGUCUGGUCCGAUGUUGGAGUCGCUCGGUGAUGGAGGCUGUGCAGAUAAUCCGAAGCACUACAGCUUCAUGGCUGUGAUGUCACUCAUUGCAACAACCAUGUUGGUGCAAGUGAGCCACCUGAUUAAACUAGGCCUCAUGGUGCUGGUUGUCACAGCAACUGGAGCCGUUAAUAUCUACAGCUGGCGGGAUCUAUAUGAUCUGUAUGAUUACAUGCAGUUUGCCUCCUACAGAACAUUGAUAGUGCCAUCCAAGUACCUCAUGACAGUGAUGAUUAUUGUUAUGAUGAUUGGCUUUUACUUCUUUGCACGCCACCUGGAGCAACAGUCAAGGAAACUAUUUCUGUGGAAGAUUGGCGUGCGCGAUCAGAAAGAGAGAGUCUUUGAAAUGAGACGCUGGAAUGAAGCGUUGGUCACCAACAUGCUGCCAGAGCAUGUGGCAAAACACUUUCUGGGCACUAAAAAAAGAGACGAGGAGCUGUACAGCCAGGGGUAUGAUGAAAUAGGGGUAAUGUUUGCAUCCAUCCCCAAUUUUUCUGAUUUCUACACUGAGGAGAGCAUCAAUAACGGGGGCAUUGAGUGUCUGAGGAUUCUCAAUGAGAUAAUCUCCGACUUUGACAGCUUAUUAGACAGGGACGAGUUCAGGUGCAUUACUAAGAUCAAGACGAUUGGAAGCACCUACAUGGCCGCGUCAGGCCUCACACCAGAAAGCAACACAAAUGGAUAUGGCAACCGCAAGCCAGAGGACCAGUUGCUGAUUGAGCGCUGGCAGCACCUCGCUGACCUGGCAGACUUUGCCUUGGCCAUGAAAGUCACCCUCAACAACCUCAACAAGCAGUCCUUCAACAACUUUAUGCUACGAAUCGGUCUAAAUAAAGGAGCAGUUCUGGCCGGAGUGAUCGGAGCUCGUAAACCUCACUAUGACAUCUGGGGCAACACGGUCAACGUGGCGAGCAGAAUGGAGUCAACUGGAGUGAUGGGAAACAUUCAGGUUGUAGAGGACUGCUAUGACAUCCUGAAGGAGUACGGCUUUCGUUUUAUCCGAAGAGGGCCCAUAUAUGUCAAAGGGAAAGGCGAGCUGCUGACCUUUUUCAUGAAAGGCAAAGACAAACCCAAUACCAAAGAUGGUGCAGUAACUACUACCCUUCCACACCAAGUUGGAGACCUUCACUGACUUUUUUUUUAAUCUCUUCAAAUGGCAUAAGCCCAAUAACAGGCCUGAGCAAAAUGUCAGUUUUGUCAGCCAUGAAUUUCACAGGAUCUUGUUUUUUGUGCGCUUCAUAGCCCAUGUGAAGAAUAUGACGGUAGACUGACACAACAAAAAUGCUAAUGCACAAUUAUCAGGACUUUUAUAGACAAAUGUUUCAAGAAACAUGUUUUGUAAAGUUGUAAACAAAUUUAAGAAUGUCUCAGAGAGCUCCUGAGCUAAAGAUUGCUGCACUUGAUUCACAGAGUGCUACAGACACGAGAAAAACAAAAAUCUAUGUCUGAUUUUUUUCAACAUUUUUCAUUUCAUUAUUUGAAAAAGCAAACACUUCAUCCUCUUUGAUACAGUCCCUGUGAAUAAAUUUUAUAAGCUCACAUAUAAAAAGGACAUUGUUUAAAUCUUGAAAAACGGUAUGAAAAUUAAACGCAUCCCUACAGACUAUGACCUGUGACAAGGUGAGGUGUUUAUGUAUUUUGUGUGGUCAUCGUACAUAGACCUAAAGAGAUUUCUGUAGCCUUUAGAAAAAUUAUUAUGUAUGCUUUUAUGUCUGGUAGGUGAUUUAAACAAGAUCUCCAAAUUAUCUGAAAUAAAUAAUCCCACAAUAAGUAGUAUUAUACAUGUAAAGAACUAUCAGUUUGUCCAGGAUUGGCCGCUCCAUCGAAUUACACCAAAGUGUUUGCUGUUUCAUGUUCGAAAGAGUCUCUAAAAAGCCAGAAAUUUUAUAUCAGCAUCUACAGGUAACUGUAAGGGUCAAAAUGCAUCUUUCUGCAAUCAGGGAGAGAGUGAAUAAAAUCAAGCUGCAUGGAAGGUUGAAUUUGGCUAAGAGGAUUUUAGAGUAAAACUACAUUUUGUCGGUGAACACAGAUGCAAAGGCAAGGGCUUUUAGAAUAAAUUUUUCUGCACAAAUAGAGUUCAUUGCUUACACUAACGGUAAACAUGGUUUGAUUGUUUUUUUUUCCAGACCAAAGACAAUUUUGGGGGGCAAUGUAACCUCAUACAAUUUGUGGCGAGAAUGUUCUGGCUUAGGUUUAUUUCACUGCCUCUGGGAGCACACAGCUUAUAAUGAACAAUCCAAAUAUGAAUUCACAUCAAAGGGCGCAUGAAGGUAAUGUGAGGCCAUGUGUCUGAAAGCUUAGGUUGAAGCAGAUGUGGACUUUUUUUUUUUAUAGGAUAAUGAUCCUAAACAAGAAAAGAGCACACAAAGAAUAAAUGUAGGGUUAGUCAGAACCUAGAAGCGAAUCCCACUGUAUUUUUGUGUGGAGGUUUGAAAUAAGCAGUACAUAACAGAAAAGGUACCAAGAAAGGUACUGAAGGAACUGAGCAUGUAAGAGUGGUCAAAGCUGCUCAUCUACAAGAUCAUGAAGAAGCUUCUGGUAUCAGCUAGUUCAUAUUAAUGUUGAAUAAACGAAUGGAAGAGUUCUGAGGCAUACAACAUCUUUAUCGGUAUGCACUGUUUCAAAAAGGGUCGGGUGUUUGCCUAGCCAAAAGGUAUGUAAAUUACAAGUUUUCAGUAGAUAAAUAAUACAUGACUUUCCUUUUUCCUUUCCUUUUUAUGUAUCUUGCACUGGAGUUUCUUUUUUAAAUGAUGUAAGGUAAUCACAUUGCAAUUAUACUGCGUUAAUAAAACAUUUUUGCAUUAAA